UGAAACAAAUUCCUAAACCUUAAGCAGACCUAAAUAAGUCUUUAGGUUCAUUGUUUUCAUGUUGUUUUCAGAAUGUUUAGAGAAGCAGGAUUAUUUCUCUGAGCCUCAAGAAGUUGAGCAUGUUGCCUGGUUGGACGAUUUCCACACAAAUCCACAGAGGCACACAUUAUUCGUCGACGGUGGAUACAAUCCAGUUUUAAAGAACCCUUUUCCCCCCACAUGAGAAAUACCAGAAAACACAAGGUCUGUAAGCACAGCCCUGCUUGUUCUUGCUGGUGAGAAACUCCUCCCUGGAUCACAUGUAAGAAGGAGGGAAAGGUUCAGGAUGGACCAUCCUAUCAAGAUAGUGAUUAUUUUAUUUAAUCAGGACAACUUGGGCUAUCUCUGAAUGGACGUGGGCACCUCCUGCAGAUAAAGUGGUUGAGCACUCAGCUCCACAAUGGCUGAUUGGGACUAUGACUAUCUGAUCAAGCUGCUGGCUCUGGGGGAUUCAGGGGUGGGAAAGACCACCUUCCUCUACAGGUACACUGACAACAAGUUCAACCGCAAGUUCACAACCACGGUGGGCAUUGACUUCAGGGAAAAGAGAGUGAUGUACACAGGGACAGGUGUUGAUGGGACGACUGAGAAGAACUUCAAAGUCCACCUUCAGCUUUGGGACACAGCAGGACAAGAGAGGUUUCGCAGCCUCACUACAGCUUUCUUCAGAGAUGCCAUGGGCUUCCUGCUGAUGUUCGACUUGACCAAUCAGCAAAGUUUCCUCAACGUCAGGAACUGGAUGAGUCAGCUACAGGCCAACGCGUACUGUGAUAGUCCAGACAUUGUGUUGGUGGGCACCAAGGCAGACCUCCGGGAUGUGAGGGAUGUUCACGCCAGACAGGCGAGGGAUCUGGCAGACAGAUACGGGAUUCCUUACUUUGAGACAAGCGCAGUGACGGGUGUGGAAGUGGACCGGGCUGUCACUACCCUGCUGGACCUGGUGAUGAAGAGGAUGGAGCAGAGCAGUUUUGGGGGCCAGAGCUCUGAACCCAACGGCAGCCCAGCCCCUAGCCAUGAAAUCGAGGAGGCGCCCCCGCGGAGGAGGUGUGCCUGCUAAUACAUCAUCAGAGACCUGAAUUAAUUAUGCGUUUUCAAAGUUCUUCUGUGCUCUGGAGCUUGACAGGUGCACCUGAAGAUUGUAAAAUAAACUAUAUAUGAUCCAUAUAUGAAAAAAGUAAUACUUUAGUUAUGUGACCUAGCUCAUGUUGAUGUUUACCAUCUGUAAUGUUAUUUAUUCAAAGCCUGUAUAUCAUUAAGUAAGAAAAAAAGAGGGAGAGAAAGACUACAAAACUUUGAAGAUUGUACAUAAUCAUUGAAUACAGGUAUUGUUGAAAAAACGGGGACGUUUUAAAGGUUGUUUUUCAGCAAAAAAAAGACAAAAUUAUCUUCAAAUGGGUCAAUUCAGAGAAAAAUACUGUUUUUAUUUGACACAUUAGGCAUUGAUGGAAGGAAUAUGCAGGCACAUAACAUAUAUUUAUCAUAAAGUAUAAUCAAAAAACAUUUAAG